CUCCUUCCUGAUCUGCGUGCGUGGGAGAGAAUGUUUGAUCCUUUUAAUCCGAACUAAUAAAUCUCAGAGAGUUUCCUCCACUUCCGCCUUAUUAUCGUCUCUAGGGUUCAGAUCGUGUGGGAGAGAAGGGGAUUGAAAUGGCGAGUGCGGUGGAUGCUGUGGGGAAUCCUAUCCCGACGUCGGCGGUGCUGAUGGCGUCGUCGAAGCACAUCGGGGCGCGGUGCCGGUCGGAGAACGCGGCCUUCCUCAGCUGCAAGAAGAAGGACCCCAACCCGGAGAAAUGCCUCGAUCAGGGCCGGGAGGUCACUCAUUGCGUCCUUAAUCUGCUGAAAGGGCUUCACCAGAGAUGCUCAAAGGAAAUGGAUGCUUAUGCUGGUUGUAUGUACUACAAUACCAAUGAGUUCGACUUGUGCCGAAAGGAGCAACAAGAAUUUGAGAGGGCGUGCCGGUGGUCUGAGUAGUCUUUGAAGAUGCUGGGUCUCCUGAUUGAGUGAAUAAUAUGGGGAGAAAUGCAAGCUUAUGUUCCUUGUGUUUUUCCUUUCUGGCAGAACUGUCUUUUUAAGGUGGGAAGUUUUCCUGCAGAAUUUAGAGUAUGGGAAUUUGCAAAAGCAAAUGAUAUAUCAUAUCAAACAAUUGCUGUUAGGAUUUGUGAUGCAUUGAGCUUUUUUUUUUUUUAACAUUCCCUUCCAUAUUUGGAAAAUGUUAGGUCUCAUGAACAGAUGAUGUUAUUUUGUAAUAUCAAAAGGAUCUCUUAUCCUGUGAAUGAGUCUUAGGCAAGGGAUGAGCGGAUAUAUAAGGUCCGUCGAGAAUCACAUGAGAGCUAAUAAAUCUACAUUGUAUU